AGCGGCUAUCCGGCGGGGGAGAUCCGGCCUUGGGAUCCAGAUCAGACGCUGGGCUCCACUUGGGGGAUCCGGUCUCCGUCCCCCGGGCGGGUCAUGGAGGCGGCGGCGCGGAGGCGGCAGCAGCCGGGCGCGGCUGGCGCGCAGCCGGGCGCCUCCUUCCUGCAGGCCCGGCACAGCCCCAUCAAAGCAGGUGAGGCCGACCACACAGCUCCUUUCCACCUUGACCUUUGGUUCUACUUCACCCUGCAGAACUGGGUUCUGGACUUUGGCCGCCCCAUUGCUAUGCUGGUGUUCCCGCUCCAGUGGUUUCCUCUCAACAAGCCCAGCGUAGGUGACUACUUCCAUAUGGCCUACAACGUCAUCACACCCUUCCUCCUGCUCAAGCUCAUCGAGCGGUCCCCGCGCACGCUGCCGCGUUCCGUGAUCUAUGUCAGCAUCAUCAUCUUCAUCAUGGGCGCCAGCAUCCACCUGGUGGGCGAUUCCGUCAACCACCGGCUGCUCUUCAGCGGUUACCAGCACCACCUGUCAGUCCGCGAGAACCCCAUCAUGAAGAACCUCAAGCCGGAGACGCUGAUCGACUCCUUCGAGCUGCUGUACUACUAUGACGAGUACCUGGGCCACUCCAUGUGGUACAUCCCCUUCUUCCUCAUUCUCGUCAUGUACUUCAGCGGCUGUUUCACCGCCUCCAAGGCCCAGAGCACCAUGCCUGGGCCUGCCCUGCUGCUGCUGGUGCCCAGUGGCCUGUACUACUGGUACCUGGUCACCGAGGGUCAGAUCUUCAUCCUCUUCAUCUUCACCUUCUUCGCCAUGUUGGCACUCGUCCUGCACCAGAAGCGCAGGCACCUCUUCCUGGACAGCAAUGGCCUCUUCCUUUUCUACUCCUUCACCCUCACCCUCUUGCUUGUGGCACUCUGGGUCGCCUGGCUAUGGAGCGACCCCGUGCUCAGGAAGAAGUACCCAGGUGUCAUCUACGUCCCCGAGCCCUGGGCCUUCUACACGCUCCACGUCAGCAGCGGGCACUGAGGCCCUGGCACUGGCCCAUGGUGCCUUACAUGGGGAGCUGGCUGCGGUGGGCGUCACAGCGCGCGCAUGCGCAGGAGCCAAGACCGGGCUGUGCAGGUGGACUGGUUUGGGUGCGCGGAGCACAGUGCUGAAAGACUUGACUACCUUGGCCCAAUUUCUUUUUUGGUUUGGCUCUUUAGGGGCUGGAAUUUCAUUCUGGGAAGCACAUUGAGACAAAGAUAUGGGCCUUUCCGGACCCCUACUCCUGACUGUGCUUGGCUCCUACCCCCACUCCCACCACCUGGGCUGCCUGGCCCAACCGUGAUGCCUUCCAGGGGUCACACAGGUUCCUAGCGGGACAGAAACCUUGUUCUCCUUUCGUCUGCCGGGACCCUGGAAACGCAGUUACAAGGCUAUGAUGCCUUUCUGUGUGGCUGAACAGAACAUUUCUCUCUGGGCCUGUGGCCCUACGCAGGCUAGAGCAGCCCAGUGAGUGGCUCGGUCACUGCCCUCUCCAGCCUGGGAGGGAUAAAUGCAGCCCAGGGCCUUGCCUAAGCCUGCCUCAGGGAGCCAGAGGCCCAGCGGGCCACAGCAGCCUGAGCUCCGAGCCAGACCCUGCUGCCCUGCCCCGGGCUCCCUCUACUCUGGAGGGAUUGUGGGAGGAGGUUUGGAGUUGCCCCUGUAGGGAGAAACCCUUGCUUGGCUCCUGGAGGCCCGUUGGAGGACCUCCCUCCUCCCCCGCAAAUCUGGUCAGCUUUAUCACCACCAGCAUGUGUUCCCUUCUGCCAGUGGCCCCACCUCAGGAGCAGGCCUCCUUCCCAUCACUGGGCCCUGUGUUGGCCUCCCCGACCACCAGCUGCCCCUCUGGGGCUUCCAUCCAGUGGGAGCCACUGUGCCCAGCCUCAUGGGACGUCUGGGCCACCCUGCCUUCCCACAGCCCUGCCCCUCUCCUGUGCUCUCAGGGAGCCCCCAGCCCAGAUUCUCCUCUCCUAUUGGGGUCCUUCCACAGCCCCUUAGGGGCCCUCCAGGCUCUGGUUUGUCCCCAUCUCCUUGCACCUUGGAUGGUGAGCAGUGUGAAUAAAAGCGGGUACUGUGACCAGCCUGGCUGGUGGCUGCUUCUGGUCUGGGUGUGCAGUGGGGAGGUGUGGGGGGCUCCAACGGCCACUCAGCCGGGUGGCCACAUAGGCUCCUGGGCUGGGGACAUGAAGAGGUCUCCUGUUAGCCCUGGAGUCCGAGGGCAGGGAAGGACACCUCCAUUACCUUGAGGAGAAGGCAGAGACACAUGUGUUAGAAGUGGCACUUGACCUUGGGCAG